GUCAUAGUCUCCCACCCUUUCUUUAGGUCACAUGCCAACAGGGUCAGCUGAUCCUUGCUUCCGUUGCCGGCGGCAAGACUGAGAGACCGGCGGGCAAGGCAGGGCAGAGCAGGCAGGGUUCACGGUGGUACCGAGGAUGGCAGCCUCGGUGGGGCCGGGAACGCGCACGAAGACCAAGAAGAAACACUUUGUGCCGCAGCGUGUGAAGGUGCUGCGAUCGGCCGACCCUCUGCUGGGUGUGUUGGGUUGGGGGAUUAACCAUCAGAAACUGGAUAAAAUAGAAUUGAUGAAGCUAAGACUGCCUUGCUUGUCUUGGGUCCUUUCACUUGGCCUGGAUGGAAACUUUCUGAUAAAUGAACUGAGUCAAGUUCCUCAGCCAGUGAUGCUGCUUCCUGAUGACUUCAAAGCCAAUUCCAAAAUAAAGGUGAACAAUCAUCUCUUCAACAGAGAAAACCUGCCCAGCCAUUUCAAAUUCAAGGAAUACUGCCCACAGGUCUUCCGCAAUCUCCGUGAACGUUUCAACAUCGAUGACCAGGAUUAUCAGGUUUCUCUGACACGUUGUCCACCGACCUAUGAAACUGAGGGUGCGGGGCGCUUCCUCCUGUCCUAUGACAGAACGUUGGUGAUAAAGGAGAUCUCCAGUGAAGAUGUGGCUGAUGUGCAUAGCCUUCUGUCCCACUACCACCAGUACAUUGUGAAGUGUCAUGGGAGCACCCUCCUGCCCCAGUUCCUGGGUAUGUACCGGCUCAGCGUGGAUAGUGAGGAGAGCUACAUGCUGGUCAUGAGGAACAUGUUCAGCCACAGGCUCACCGUGCACAGGAAGUACGAUCUGAAGGGCUCCCUGGUAUCCCGUGAAGCUAGUGAUAAAGAGAAGGGCAAGGAGCUGCCAACCCUGAAGGACAUUGACUUUCUAAACAUGAACCAGAAAGUGUACGUCAGCGAAGAGGCCAAGAGAGACUUCAUGGAGAAAUUAAAGCGAGAUGUGGAGUUCCUAGUGCAACUAAAGAUUAUGGACUACAGCCUGCUAUUGGGUAUCCAUGAUGUGCAGCGAGCAGAGCAGGAAGAAGACGAGGAUGUGAAAGAGGAAGAGGAGGAUGGAGAGGGUGAACCUGGGGGUGUGGCAUCAGUAGGUUCUUAUGGAACUUCUCCUGAGGGCAUUGGCAGCUAUCUCAACUCCCACAAGCCUCUGGGACCUGGUGACUUUGACCCUUACAUUGACGUCUAUGCCAUCAAGAGUGCUGAAAAUAGCCCCCAGAAGGAGGUUUAUUUCAUGGGCCUGAUUGACAUUCUCACACAGUAUGAUACCAGGAAGAAGGCUGCCCAUGCGGCUAAGACAGUCAAGCAUGGGGCUGGUGCAGAGAUCUCCACGGUGCAUCCAGAACAAUAUGCCAAGCGCUUCCUGGAUUUUGUCACAAAUGUAUUUGCUUAGCAGUUGUACAGUACGUCAUCUUGGCUGAAGCUUAAGAUCAGAGGCUUCCCCACCCUCACCCACCCGUAGUUCUCCCCCCACCCCCAACUCUCAGUAAGAGGGAAAUUUCCCCCCUGCUGUGUUUGGGUCAGCAGGACAGCUGGGUUGACUAGGGCCCCAUUGUGGCUGGUCUGGGGGAUGGCUACUGAAUCAAGUGCCUUAUCUUUGACCUUCUGUUGGCAUGAGCAGGGAUCCAGAGUACCAAAGAAGCUGAUUGAUUGCUGUUUCUUGGAGGCAGCCUGAGCAGGAGAAAGAAGGCUGGCUUCGAAUAUAUUCAUCCCAGUGUUGAUAUCUUCUAUCCUACAUACUGUACCAAUGACACACGAGCUAGAUGGUGACUCUGGCUAGGUCAGGAUCUAAACUCGCACAUAGGUUUAAAUGGUUUUUUAUUCUGAGACAGAAUAAUAUGCAAUAAGAAUUUAGUCAUGUGCCUUGGAAGAAGGGGGUUGAGUGGAAUCUUCACCAUUUAUGCAACCAGAGGGUGACUGAUCGUAUAUAUUAACUUACCCCAUGAUAUCCAGUGGUAGUGCCUAUUUAUUUUAAAGACAUUCUGCUGGUUCUUUACCUCUUUUCUCCACCCCUUGCUGGAAGGUUGUACUGUGGCCCACCCCUUGUGAGUGGUGUUGGUCCCUUCUAGCACAAUUGUCAAUAGUAGAGAGCUGCCAUUCAAAAGAGCAUCCUAAGAGCCUAGCACUCCACCCCAGUUCUCCCUGGGCUCUGCAGCCUCUUCUAACCUUAUUGCCAAAGUUCUGCUUAUGGUAAUCGCCUCUUCCACGGUGGGCUGUUUUCAGCAGCCCUGUGAUUUGCCCCCCGCUUGCAUCCCUCCAAUAGACGAUGGUAACUGAUUCAGGGAUUGGGAGCUACUCUGGAGCUGCCAACAGGGAUCUGAGAUUUGACAUUGGGAGGGGCUUGCUGUGCCUUCUUUGGCAAAGGGAGAUGGGUGUGUGGGCGGGGAGGGGGCAGGAUAGAGACAGGAUUAUUCUGUCCCUGUGUAAUGUAUCCAAGUGUUCCUCUUGCUCCAGCAUGCACCAAAUUGUGUUGAGUAGCUCUACUCACUAGUCGCACUUGUCUCUCCACGAUGCAGUCUGUAGUACAUCUUGGCUGCCCAGCUCCACCCAAGGAGAGCUUGUCUAGUUCAAAGCCUGUGAGAAAUGUCAAAAUGAAAGCCCCAUCCACUGCCUGUUCUAGCUCAGCUGUGGGGGACAGGAAGACGUGGGAAUGCCAUGUCGAGGACUGGGUGUUUUCAGCAGCUCUGGGUGUGUGCGUGUGCAGACUCCAGUGAAGGGGCUAUAAUGUUUCCUUUGUGUGUGUAAUACACGUAUGUGCACACAUAUAUCUAUAACGGAUAUGUUGUGGGAUGUUUGCCUGUAUGUCAGUAGCUGUGUGGAGGGCUCUCUGAGGAUGGAGUAGCUGUCAGGUGUAUUACAGAGAACAUCCCUCUGCAAUAGUGUGUUUGUUAGCUCAGCAGAGUUGGGCUCCUUGGAGAUCUCCAUUCGCUGAGCAUAUUGAGGAUCACAGGCAAGGAUCAUCAGCCAGUUUCUCUUACUGGCCUGGUAAACUGACCUGGCAUGCCAUGGUAGCCGUUCUGGUAAGGAGAGAGGGUUAGGGCAGGCUCUGCACAGCCACCCCAUCUGCUGCCUUAGGCCUGGAACCCAGGGGUAGUUCCAUGCUGUUCUACCAGUCCUUUCUCCUCUGCCCCUGUAGUGGUUCUGCUGGGACUCGAUGCCAUUCCUCUCGAUGCAAUAAAGCUUGUGCCAUGGAAACAUGCUUUUGCCCUGGGACUGUACUACUUUCAGUCCCUUCUCUGUGUUUCUUAUUGUAUAAGAUGUUGUGUAUUUCCAGUUCACUCUUGUAUCAAUAGAAAUAAAUUAUUGAACCAGAAA